AUUACAAAAGCCAAACAAUCAAGUUCCUACACGUAACAAAGAGUAUAUAUUUUUGUUUUUGUUGAAUCAUGAAGUCUACUACAUUGAUCAUGGUUUUCUGUAUUCUCGUGUUCUUCAUUCUCAACAAUGUGAAUGAGGUGAAUGCGAAGGUGUGCAUAAAAUCACAAGACUUCGAACAGAACUGUGGCUGGGAUGGAAACAAGACUUGCAUAAGAGGAUUUAAUAAAAUUAAUAAGUUCCCUAUUUCUUGCGAGUGUACCCAUAAAAACCCUACCGUGAGCAGCAAACGUACCUGCAAAUGUAAAUUUCCAAAGUCUCCCUGCUAAGAUUUCAUGUAGUUUUAUAUAAACCAGUAUCUCUUUGUUACUAUACGUAUACAAGAAUUGAAUACACGUAUAAGUCGUUGUAUUAACAUGGCAGAUAAA